GACAGCGACAGAAGCAGAAAAAAACAUCAAUAGCAAUAGCAAAAGCAAAAGCAAAAGCAAACGCAAAAGCAGCGCAGCUUUGCGCUCAGCAUAGAAAUAGUGGGAGGCAGAGCAACAAGCACAAACCGUUACUCAAGAGAGUCGUCAAGCAGAAAAACCAUAUUCCAACAUGGGUGCCGAUGCGGAGAAUGGCAAAAAGAUUUUCGUUCAGAAAUGCGCACAAUGCCACUCCUACGAAGUGGGAGGAAAGCACAAGCAGGGUCCUAAUCUUGGCGGAAUUGUUGGCCGCAAAUGCGGUUCUGCCCCUGGCUACAAAUAUACUGAAGCUAACAUCAAAAAGGGUAUCGCUUGGACAGAAGGCAAUCUGGACGAGUAUCUGAAGGAUCCAAAGAAAUUUAUUCCCGGCACCAAGAUGGUUUUCCCCGGACUCAAAAAGGCCGAGGAUCGCGCUGAUUUGAUUGCAUUUCUCAAAACAAACAAAUAGUUUGAAUACCUCAACAAAAAUAUGAAAAAAGUAUAUGAUUGGGAAAAAACUUUCAUAAAUAUUUACUAAGACACUUUUAGAAUAGAUUAUAAUUAAAAUUGAGCUCACAACAUAAUAUUGGUUCUUUAAUAUACAUAUGUAUACAUAUGAUUUAGUUUAAUAUUUCAUUAUAAGACACAUUUGUAUUUAAA